UGGAGGUUCAUUGAGUAAAGCUGCACACUUUCACAACAGCACCCGAGCGGCAACACCUUCACAUUUACUGGAUACAGCCUCAAGAAACAGAUAUGUCCGCUGAAAAGAAGCCCAAAAAGAAGAAGCCUGAGUCGAUUCCAGCGGAGACCAAUGGAAGUGAUGCCAAACCCAAGAAGACAAAGAUGAAGAAGAGCGGCGACCAGUCGACAGAGAGCAGUCCUGCCACUCAGAACGGAGAGAAGACGAAGAAGAAGAAACUAGACAAGGACAAGGAAUCAACAGAGAAGGAGAAGGAAACCAAGAAGAAAGCCAAAAGUGCCCCGAAGAAGAAAAAGAGUUCUACAGAUGACGAUGAUGAUGAUGAAGAUGAUGGAGAGACAACUCCUCAAAAGAAGACGAAGAAAAAGCCUGCAAAAGAAAGCUCCGAUACAAAGGAAAAAGAGAAAGAAAAAGACAAGAAGUCCAAAUCAAAAGAUGCCAAAGAGGAUGCAGACAGUAAAGGAAAAUCUAAAACCAAGAAGAAGGAACCCGCCUCCAUGUUUCAGAUAAAUGGAGAAAAGCCUGAAACCAAGAGUAAAAAGAAAGCGGCCAAAUCCGAGAGUGAAGAAGAGAGCGAACCCGAAACCAAAACUAGCAAGACCAAGAAGAAGAGCAGCUCAAACACAGCCUCCAUGUUUCAGACCGGAGGAGACAAAGACAAGGACAAAAAGACAAAAAAGACCAAAAGUUCUGCAAAAGCGGAAGAGACUGAAGACUCUGAUUCAGAAGUGACGCAGAAAAAGAAAAAGGGCAAAGGGAAAAAAGGCAAAAAGGAGGAGCGAGCACCUUCUCCAGUCAUCGAGUUUAACAAUCUGGAGGAGUUUGUGCUUCAACCUGCAGAACAAGGAGUCACAGUGAAGUGCAAAGUGACCCGUGACAAGAGAGGGAUGGACAAAGGCCUUUACCCAACAUACUACCUGCAUCUGGACAACGAGAAGAAAGUGUUUCUGUUAGCGGGAAGGAAGAGGAAAAAAAGCACAACCUCAAACUACCUGUUCUGUUGAAGUCAG